CAGGCGAGGAAACUGAGGCUCAGAGAGCGGCCUAGCUGUGGUUACAUGCUGUGCACCAUGCUGCUGGCCCUGGCUGUGCUGCUGGCUGUGGCUGUCACCGGUGCCGUGCUGUUCCUGAACCACACCCACACGCCAGGCACGGCGCCCCCACCUGUCGUCAGCACUGGGGCUGCCGGUGCCAACAGCGCCCUGGUCACUGUGGAGAGGGCAGACAGCUCCCGCCUCAGUAUCCUCAUCGACCCGCGCUGCCCCGACCUCGCCGACAGCUUCGCACGCCUGGAGAGCGCCCAGGCCUCGGUGCUGGAGGCGCUGACCGAGCACCAGGCCCAGCCACGGCUGGUGGGCGACCAGGAGCAGGAGCUGCUUGACACGCUGGCCGACCAGCUGCCGCGGCUGCUGACCCGAGCCUCAGAGCUGCAGACGGAGUGCAUGGGGCUGCGGAAGGGGCAUGGCACGCUGGGCCAGGGCCUCAGCGCCCUGCAGAGCGAGCAGGGCCGCCUCAUCCAGCUUCUCUCUGAGAGCCAAGGCCACAUGGCCCACCUGGUGAACUCCGUGGGCGACGUCCUGGAUGCCCUGCAGAGGGACCGGGGGCUGGGCCAGCCCCGCGCCAAGGCCGACCUUCAGAGAGCGCCUGCCCGGGGAGCCCGGCCCCGGGGCUGUGCCACUGGCUCCCGGCCCCGGGACUGUCUGGACGUCCUCCUAAGCGGACAGCAGGACGAUGGCGUCUACUCUGUCUUCCCCACGCACUACCCGGCUGGCUUCCAGGUGUACUGUGACAUGCGCACAGACGGCGGCGGCUGGACGGUAUUUCAGCGCCGGGAGGACGGCUCUGUGAACUUCUUCCGGGGCUGGGACGCGUACCGAGACGGCUUCGGCAGGCUCACCGGGGAGCACUGGCUAGGCCUCAAGAGGAUCCACGCCCUGACCACACAGACUGCCUACGAGCUGCACGUGGACCUGGAGGACUUUGACAAUGGCACGGCCUAUGCCCGCUACGGGAGCUUUGGCGUGGGCUUGUUCUCCGUGGACCCUGAGGAAGACGGGUACCCGCUCACCGUGGCUGACUAUUCCGGCACUGCAGGCGACUCCCUCCUGAAGCACAGCGGCAUGAGGUUCACCACCAAGGACCGUGACAGCGACCACUCAGAGAACAAUUGCGCUGCCUUCUACCGAGGCGCCUGGUGGUACCGCAACUGCCACACGUCCAACCUCAACGGGCAGUACCUGCGUGGUGCCCACACCUCCUAUGCCGACGGCGUGGAGUGGUCCUCCUGGACCGGCUGGCAGUACUCACUCAAGUUCUCCGAGAUGAAGAUCCGGCCGGUCCGGGAGGACCGCUAGACCGGUGCACCUUGUCCUUGGCCCUGCUGGUCCCCAUCGCCCCAUCGCUGACCCCACCUCACUCCUUCGUGAAUGUUUUCCACCCACCUGUGCCUGGCAGACCCACUCCAGCAGGGAGGGGCUGGGCCAUCCCUGACACGAAGCCCCUGGGGCUGGUGAAGUCACACAUCACCUUCUCACCGUCCCCACCCGCUCCAUUUGGCAGCUAACUGAUCUCUUGCCUCUGUUGAUGGGGGCUGGCAAACUUGAUGACCCCAACUCCUGCCCGCCCCCACUGUGGCUCCCGUGCUAUUUGCCGUCCCCUGGCCAGGAUGGUGAAGUUUGCCCCAGGCAACCCUCUGCUCUGUCCACCCAAACACCUGGCAUUAUGGGGACAGAGAGCAGGGGGCAGACAGCACCUCCGGAGCCCUCUUAGUGGAUCGUGUGGAACGUCAGGUCUCUCUGAGGUCAGGUCUGAGGCCAGUGUCCUCCAGCCCUUCCAGUGCCAACCCUCACCCCCAUUUCCCUAGUGCCCAGAUAACCCACCUCUUCCCCCAGGGCCUCGGCCUGGCUGUGGGCUGGGUGGCCCCAUCCUACCGUGCCUUGAGGCCAGGAAGGGGAGCUGCUGCCUUUGGGGACCCACGCU